AUUGAUUAACUUUUCGUGAGUGUUGUUGGAGUGCGAAAGUCUUGAGUCUAUUUAUAAGAGCAGUUAAAGCGGACCAUGCCAGAGUCGAACGACAGCAGCGAGCAGCACACAAAUCCAGAACACUUCCCCAACAAUAGACAGGAACAACAGCAACAGCAACAACAACAACAGCAACAGGAACGUGCACAGAAUUUCUCCUUCUCAAGCAACUAUCCUUAUGCACCAGGACGGAGCAGCCACAGCAGCAACAGCCAGCACCAGCAAUCCUUUAACGUUCAACGCUAUCAGAGUCCCUACAAUUUCCAGCACGUAGUCACCAACGCAUUCUCUGUGCUACACAAUUCCGUGGAGUUGGACUACGAGCACAAGCCGCCUAAUCAGGCCAUUGUGCGUCCCACAAUCCGUGAACCAUCGGAAUAUGUUGAACAACGUGCCGCCGCUGGCAGCACAUCGAAUACAUCGAAUCCACCAUUGACAACUCGCUCGUUUUUCUCGCGCAGCACUCAGGAGGUCCGCAGCUUUGCCGAUGAGCUGAGUAACAAGCUGCGCUUUCUGGCGCCGGAGGAGAACUACUACGGACGCGGUGGCAGCAGUCACAGCAGCGCUGGCAUCAACAACAGCGGCGCCUGGCUCUCCACACGCCAAAUGGACCGUCCUCGUUUCGAGACCACUGUGCCCACGGGCAUCUUUUUGCCACCGCCGCAUGAGCUGCAGAUGCUGCCGGCGUCGAUGUUGCGACGCCAUGUCUAUGCCUACUCCUCCUAUCCUAUGAUCCUACACAGCUACUACAAUGCCAACAAUAACCCGAACAACAACAACAAUAGCAACACUAAUAAUAAUAACCAGAGCAGUAGCAAGAUUCCCGUAGCCGAUAAAGAAAACAAAGUCUCCACACGACAAAAUGGAGUGCGUGCCACAGCGGCUGUGGCAGCUGCCGCGGCUGCUGCUGCUGUGGCCUCCUCCAAACCCGAUUCACAAUCACAAUCGCUCGCCGGUGGUCUGCACAUAACCAAGGCACAGUUCCAACAGCAACUGCAACAACGACGCAACGGCGACAAAAGGCCCGUCGUUCCACCGCCCGAGCCCUACAUGAACAUGAUGUACGACCGACGUGUCAUAAAGGGAAGCAACUUUGGUAGUCCGUCGAUGCUUGCGGAGGUUGACCCCUUUGACAAGACUGCCGAGAUUAGGCGCCGCAAUAUGCUACGCAAGCGAUCGAUGCAGUGCCGCAAUCAGCGCAAUGUCCUCGGCACACCGCCGCCAGUCAAAGGACGAAAGCAUGAAAACAUGCAAACGGAAAAAUACCUGGAGAAGCUGGUGCAACGUCCGCCCGAAUACUCGGUCGACACACAAACCGAUCUAUUUCUGGAGAAGCCGCCAACGCCGCCAUAUGUGCCCGCCAAAGUGGGCGUCGAUGUGGGCACCGAAAUCGGAGAUGACGAACUGUUUCACUUUGAUGCGGAAGCUCAGCCGAUUAUUGAUGUAAUGGUGGAUGCCUGCAUAGAGCAGAGCAUGCUGGAGGUGGCACAUGAAAUGGAACUGGAUACACUACGUCGCAAGCAGGAGCUAUUCCUGGCCCAGCGCGAGGCUGAGCUGGUGGAGUUGCGGCGCUUGGAGGCAGAGGAACUGCGUCUGCACGCUGAGAAAGAACGCCGUCUGCGCCAGGACUCCAUUGCCAAGGAGCUGGAUGUGGAGAUGCAGAAGAGCGUCACAGCGGCCAAGCUACUCCAGGGACACAUCGCCAGCCUGCUGCCCGAGGUGCUGGAGAGCAUUGAGCCGGCCAGCGAUGCGGUGAAGAAGGAGCAGCUGAUGAAGGAAGUCUGUCCAUGGCUAUCCGCCGAGGUGGCCCAAGAAGUCGGUCACAUUGUCGACUCGCGCGAGAUACUCACAGCCAUCAUACUGGAGAUUAUCAAGCAGCGUGCCUCCACCUACAUUGGCUACAAAGAGGAAGAGUCCGAGACGUCGGCAACGGAUGCGGGCAUCUGCGAGGAGGAAGGUUGCAUACCCGACGAUCUGGAGACAUGCCCAUGCGAGCCGGAAAGCGAAAUGUCCGACUGCACAGAGCCGCCACAUCUGUAGGAAGCACAGUGGAUGGGCAUGUUUAAUAUGAUAUGAUAAUGAUAAAUAUGAUUUGGUUCAUUUAAGUUUGGAGUUUUUGAGGCCCGCUAAACAAAUCCAAUGUGUGCUGCCUUGUUGUUGUGUCUGGCAGCACGCGGGCGUGCCUCAUCCGCCUGUUGCCACACACAAUUGCAAAUCGUUGCAAGCAAACAGAAAAGAAGUAGGCAGAUAUUGUUAAAGUUUUAUGUUUUACACAAAAAUAUUCAACAAAUAAAGUAAAAACAAACCGAAA